AUGAAGGUACCCACACACCCACACACCCACACACCCACACACCCACACCAGCGCGCGCACGCGGGCGAGCGGCCGCACGCGUGCGCGGAGUGCGGGUCGCGGUUCGGCGCGGCGGGCGCGCUCGCGGCGCACCGCGCGCUCCACCACGAGCGCCGCGCGCGCCUCGCCUGCUGCCUCUGCGCGCGCUCCUUCACGCACCGCAGCGGACUCAACAAGCACAUGAAGCGCGCGCACGCGGGCGAGCGGCCGCACGCGUGCGCGGAGUGCGGGUCGCGGUUCGGCGCGGCGGGCGCGCUCGCGGCGCACCGCGCGCUCCACCACGAGCGCCGCGCGCGCCUCGCCUGCCGCCUCUGCGCGCGCUCCUUCACGCACCGCAGCGGACUCAACAAGCACAUGAAGCGCGCGCACGCGGGCGAGCGGCCGCACGCGUGCGCGGAGUGCGGGUCGCGGUUCGGCGCGGCGGGCGCGCUCGCGGCGCACCGCGCGCUCAGCGCCGCGCGCGCCUCGCCUGCCGCCUCUCGCGCGCACGCGGGCGAGCGGCCGCACGCGUGCGCGGAGUGCGGGUCGCGGUUCGGCGCGGCGGGCGCGCUCGCGGCGCACCGCGCGCUCCACCACGAGCGCCGCGCGCGCCUCGCCUGCCGCCUCUGCGCGCGCUCCUUCACGCACCGCAGCGGACUCAACAAGCACAUGAAGCGCGCGCACGCGGGCGAGCGGCCGCACGCGUGCGCGGAGUGCGGGUCGCGGUUCGGCGCGGCGGGCGCGCUCGCGGCGCACCGCGCGCUCCACCACGAGCGCCGCGCGCGCCUCGCCUGCCGCCUCUGCGCGCGCUCCUUCACGCACCGCAGCGGACUCAACAAGCACAUGAAGGCUCACCUCAACAUACGUCCACACAAAUGUACAAUAUGUGACAAAGGCUUCAUUAAUCCCUGCGACCGCAAAUUGCAUAUAAAAUACGUCCAUAAUAAAGUUCCAUGGCCGAAAAAGGACAGAAGCAAACGGAAAAACACUGAAAAGGCGGCCCAAUACACAUAA